AGUGAGAGGAAAGACCGUGGAAGAGAGACAGACAGGUAGAGAGAGAGACAGCGACUGAGUGCAUUAGCUGUAGUGGCUUUGAUCAGUGUGUGUGUGUGUGUGUGUGUGUGUGUGUCAUGGCCUCUCCAGCCAGCUGUGAGGGGACUGCCCUGCGGGGGAGGGGCUGUGUGUCCGCGCGUGUGUGUGACGGUGUGACGGUCCGAGUGCGUGCACAUCUUCUGAGCAGUUUUUGCGCGAGCGCAGGAGGAGUGAGGAGUGAGGAGGAGAGAGAGAGAGAGAGAGAGACUGCUGAGUGUGUGCAGCGCGAGAGCGAGCUUUUGUCGAGAGUCGCGCGAGUGCUUGCGUGUGUUUGUUUCUGUUUGUGUGUGUGUGUGUGUGUGUGUGUGUCGCGCGCAGUAGAACUUGUAGAGACAGGAGCAGGAAAUGGCAGAGCGCGCGGAGGCUGCUGUGUGAGCACCAUGUCUCAGGCGAUUUGCUGCACGCUGGUGAACUGUACCUGCGACAAUUUCAGACCCGGAAAGCUGAAACGUCGUCAGUGUGAGAACUGCAGGCACGGAUGGGUCACCCACGCUCUGAGCAAGCUGAAGAUGCAGCACACGUAUGACGGAGGCCAUGUGGAGAUCGUCCACUCCAACGUGGUGUUUGAUAUCUGCAGCCUGAUGCUGUACGGAACGCAGGCCAUCCCCGUGAGGCUGAAGAUUCUCCUCGAUCGACUCUUCAGCGUUCUCAAGCAGGACGAAGUCAUCAAAAUCCUCAACGCUCUCGACUGGACGCUGCAGGACUACAUACGAGGAUACGUCCUACAGGAUGUGGCUGGCAAAGUGCUGGACCGCUGGGCCAUCAUGACCUUUGAGGAGGAAAUUGCGACACUGCAGCAGUUCCUUCGCUUUGGAGAGACAAAGUCCAUCGUCGAGCUGAUGGCACUGCAGGACAAAGAAGGGCAGGCGAUCACCGUGCCGACGAUUAGAGCCAACUCAGGCAUCCGUAGCUUCAUAGAGAGCAGCAUGCAGCGUCCAUCGGUGCCGCCCACAACGGAGCCUCUGAGCAGAAACCACGGGCACCACUUCGAGAGUUUGGUCAACAACAUGGCCUUCAUGCUGCCUCUGCAAUUGCUCAACUCUACAGUUCCUGCACCACUGCUCAGGUCCAGAGCAGAUUCCCGUCAGCAGGAGGUUCCGGCACGGCCCGAAAUUCUGGAUUCGAACCCUGACACCGCCACUCACUUCGCCUCUGAUGCAGAACGAGAAGAUGUACCCAUGGAGAGAUCAAGCACUAAUUUAGAAUCAGAUGAUUUCACACUGAGCGAUAACUAUUCCUCACCCUCCACACCUUACACGCCCUCGAUCAGCUCCGACAUCGCCCAAGCCUCGCCCGAAUCGAAAAUCCGUCCUGGAGUCGGGAUGAAAAAGAGCCGUGUUUUCUGCAGCGCUUGCGAAAAGACCUUUUAUGACAAAGGAACACUGAAGAUCCAUUACAAUGCUGUUCACCUCAAGAUCAAGCACAAGUGCACUAUCGAGGGAUGCAACAUGGUCUUCAGCUCCCUGAGAAGCCGUAACCGACACAGUGCCAACCCCAACCCACGCCUGCACAUGCCCAUGAAUCGAAACAAUCGGGACAGGGACGUGAGGGACGGACUGACUUCCGGGGACGAGGCAGAAAAGCGGGACCUCGGCAGGCAUGUCUCCAGCUACAUCAGCAAUUCUGAGCCCAAACUGCACAGCUCCUUUCCCAGCAUCGGCCACAGCGGCAUUGUCUUCCCCAACCUGAAGACUGUGCAGCCAGUGCUACCUUUCUACCGCAGCCUGGUGACACCUGCUGAGCUCGCCAACACACCUGGAAAUCUGCCCUCUCUGCCCCUGCUGUCCUCUUCAUCUGUGCCCGUCAGUGUAGGAGACAUGGAGAGCAGCGCUGAGCCUGUGCCCAAGAAGAAAUCCCGCAAAUCCAGCAUGCCCAUAAAGAUAGAGAAAGAUGAGCUGGAAGAGCAAAGCAGCUCCAAUGAUGAUGACGAUGGUCCUCCAGCCAGCAUGGACUCUUCGCUGGACUGUGUAGUAAAGACAGAGUGUGAUGAAUAUGGUGUUGUUCAUCCCUCCAUCCAUUCCUCUAUCCUCACCCAUUCUUCCCUUACAGAAGAACCACAAACAGAGGACAAACACCAAGCCCAGGGUUGCAGUCUCACCCACUCCCCAUCUUCCUUCAGCAACGUACAGAAAGACUUACUUGAUUUUGGGGAUCAAACCUGCAGCAAAGACAUGGACCCUCGACCCACCGAUCAUGUGGCACCCAGUGGUGCCCCUUGCGAGUCUGAGGUUCGCACAGACACCGACGGUGACCUACAGAUAGUGUGUGCAGAUGAUGAAGAUGAGCUUCUUCAUCACUGCGAGAGUUGCAAUAAGAGCUUUAAAAACUCCUACAGCGCCAAAAUGCAUUACCGCAGCGUCCACUUGAAGGAAAUGCACGUGUGCACCGUAGCAGGCUGCAACGCUGCGUUCCCAUCCCGCAGGAGCAGAGACAGACACAGUGCAAACUUGAAUUUACACCACAAGCUGUUGACCAAAGAUCACUACAACUUCACUCCAUCCUGCAGAGACGUCAGCACUGAUUCUCACCCCGAAUUCCCUCCAAAAGAUCCUCUGAGCCAUACGUCUGUUAUCUUCAAGGGCACAAACCGCAUGCACCUUGUGUUCCCCAUGAACAAAUCCUCUGAGAGCGUAGAGGAUCCAGUGGAGGACGAGGCCGUGUUGGACCUAAGCACCAGAGGAAGCGGUCACUCUUCUUCCUGGGACUCGGAUGCAGGCAGCGAGGAGGAGCUCCCCCUGGAGGACAGCGACGAGAAUGAGAGUUGCGACGGGUUGAAUUCCAGCGCGGUGAGUCUCGGGCAGCAGGUCAACAACUCCUCAUCUUCACCCAUCACCUGCCACAUCUGCCAGAAGGUUUACAGCAACAAGGGCACGUUCAGGGCGCACUACAAAACCGUGCACCUUCGGCUCCUGCACAAGUGCAAGGUACCAGGGUGUGACACCACAUUCUCCUCCGUCAGGAGCCGCAACCGACACAGUCAGAACCCAAAUUUACACCGGAACCUUCCGACAAACACCACCGCUGUCGGUCAGGAGCAGUGAUGAGUCCGGAUGGUGAAAUGACCCUAAUAGUGAGCACUUGCGUGUAAAUGGAAAAGCACAGGCCUUCAUAGAGCCUACCUAAAAUUCUCAACGAGUGGCUCAGAGCAGCUUUUUUUCAUCUAGUGCACAUAAUUUACAGCACAAUUUUGUGGUAUUGCAACAGGCAAAACUUCAAGUAGCUACAUUUCUGUUAAAUUCGAGUGAAUGAAAAAAAAUAUAAUGUGAAUAUGAUUCUGUGUCACAGAACAAACGUCAAGAAAUGAUUAACACUGGGCUGGAUGCUCUUUAUGGAGAUGUUUUUUGCGGUUAGAGCCUUUAGAUAAAACACUUCAGUCAGUAGAAUACUACAGGAAAUGGAUGGACUGGCCACAGGAUCCACGUCCACUAAAGCCUGGAUGCUGGAAGGUGGUGCUGAAGGUGUCAGGAGGCGGAUCUGACCGGCUCGGCCCGGCUGCAUGAGUACACUUCAUUUGCAUUUACAUUAUUUAUUCCACUGCGAGUUCAUUUCAUAUAAAAAAAAAUACUGCCAGCUCGAAUGAACAGAUUUUUACAGAUAUUUCUCGUGAUUGUUUUUUUCUUUGAAAUCAAAUUUUUUUUUAUUUGAUGUUAUAUUUAAUUUGAAAUUACUGGGACGGAAACUUGACUUGUCACAUCAAUGCUUCCUGUAAACGAAUGGAACGAGCUUGUAAACCCAAAUUCAGCUGAAGCAGAAACACAUUCUCUUAAAAAUGUAUUUUUUCUACAUUACUAAACACCACCAAACACUUACUCCGCCGGUCUCUAGUGCUGUUCACGUUUAUUUAUUACAGAAGAAGCUUUUCCACAGUGAUGCGGCUAAUAUGGCGCCUUGUUUUACCUGAAGAAGCUCCAGAGAUAAGAAACCUGUCAGAACUUUUCACUAAACAAGGUGCACACUUUCACUGCACAAGGUGUUAUUGUGAUUAUUCCAUUCUUUACGAUCACAGCAUUAUGACAAUCACUUUGUAUAAGGAAAAAGAUUAACCUGAACCAACUUUAUUAACGUUUAUAAGGCUAGCAACAAAUCUAGCAGUAAGGCUAACACACUGUAGCUGCACAGCUAGCAGUAAGGCUAACAGUUACUAGAAAGUGCAGAAAAAAGGUAACAUGGUUGAAAAAAGGGUGCUAACAGUAAGGCUAGUGGUAUAGUUGGCAGUGUGAAUUAAAACAAACAUGACACAAACCGCUCACGUUUUCUGCUCCAGUGUUAGCAUUAAAUAAAACUUAUGAACACGUUUUGAUCACGUGACGGAAUGUUAUUUAAACGUGACAGAUCAGGGUUUUUUCCAGGGAGAGUGUUCUCACCUGACUGACACCUUCUGCAGACUCCAGACAAUUGUCUUACAGUAACCUGUAGAGCAGCGAUUCAGAGAGUGGGUGUGGCCAGUGACAUCACUGACAUUGUGUCAGCUUCUGUGGACCAAAUGCUUUUAAGAUUUUUGUUGUAAACGUCUCAGCAUCACUGCAGCCUGGCUGGAAAACAACCCUUGGGGGUAUUUGUGUUUAUUUGUUAGCCCUGUUACUGCAGCAGUUACGGUAAUUUGUCCUUAUUUGCAUAACACAUAUUUGUGCAUAUUUUUGACAUUUCUAAACAACUUCGUAAUUUAUGAGACUGGAAGUUUUUCAACAUUAUUUACAGAAAAAAGAGGGCGGAGCUAAAACAGGAAGUAGAGUAUUGUUAGGUGUGGUUUUUUGGCACUAUAAUGGUCAGGUUCUGUACAUCUGGUCAUCUGAUAAUCAAUAACCGAAAACCCCCAUCGACCUUCCCUCGUCUACCCCACCCUUCUUUAAACAGCAUUACUGGCCAAUCACUGCGGAAGUGGGAGGGACAUUUAGAUUUAGUUUAUCCCCCAAAUCGUCCCU